UCUGUAUCUUCGUCUAUCUUCCUCUUUCUUGGCUGCACCUGUUCCCUUUUAACAACAUUCUCCCCUCUUCGACGGACUUCUUCCCUUUCACGACUCAUCCACGACUUACGAUCUCCCCAUCUUCAUCAUCAUCUCCACGACCAACCGACAUGCUGGGCAUCAUGCGCGCAUUCUUCAUGCCACGGGCCGAUCCCCAAGACGUAUCCCUGGAGGAGGGGAGAGCUUCGCGGGAGAAGGGCAGGCUGAACAUGGAGAAGGGCAGGCCGGAUCUGUCGUGGGCGUGUAGGGGAGAGGAUGCUAGCACCAUCGGAAGGGGCAGCACGACCAUUCGGAGCGAAGGCCCGCAUGCCGCGAGCCUCAGUCCGCCCGCCUUGCUGCGCAAGACGAGCCUCGCGGCCUCUCAGCGCCAGGAGCAUGCCGAGGAGCGCGCUGUCGCCCGCAAGCCCCCCUCACGCAACGCCUGGCUGCACACUCGCCCGCGCGCGGACAAAGGCCGCAGCGACGCCCCCAACUGUAGAGGCAGCGACGCGCCCAGCCAUGAGCGCAACCGGGAAAGCAGCGACGCGCCCAAUCGUGACAAGCCCCGCCUCGGCGCCAGCCUCACCAAGCUUCGUCGCAGCAGCAGCCUCACCAAGCUCGGUCGCUCCAGCAGCCUCAACAAGCUCCGCCGCACAGCCAGCCUCGACAGGCCCCAGCGCAGCGGCAGCGUCAACCUGCCCCCACGCCGCGCGCCCCUGCGCGUCAACACCAUCACCAUCAGCCGGCCCCAGCCCCUCCAGCCGGGCACCACGGGCUCGCUCACGGGCAUCGACCUCCCAUCGCCGACGCUGGGGCCGCAACACGCCACAGUACGGCGCGCGGCGUCCCUGCCAGCGCGACUGCCCGCGGGCCCGCCGCCCUCCGCGUUCCGCGCGCCGGAGAGGGUGGUGACGCCCACCGAGGAGCGCUUCGCGGCGCGGUUCGAGGCGGGCGUGCCGACGGCGAAGUUCGACAUGGAGGCGGUGGUAAAAUAUCAGGAGGGGGCAGGCGGCAUAUUCCCGAGCUCUGGGGGCAGCUUUGGGAGUUCGACGGGUAAUUUGGGGGGUUCCGGUGGUAGCCUCGGUGGCUCGGGAGGUAGUUUUGGCGGUGCGGGGGAGGCUGUGGGUGCGCCAGGUCGCUUGCGGGUGCGGAUGCCGGAGGCGGCGGCGGUGAGGCCUAUGGUGGCGCGUCCGCCGAUGUUGUCCGCCAUUGAGGAGGGCAGCUACAAAUCGCCGGCGCCGAGCUUGCGCGUGCUGCCUGGAUCGGCGGCGAUGAGCAUGCGGACGACGACCCGGACGAUGACGAGCGGCUCGCCCAUCGAGCGCGUCAGUCGUGAAGCUCUGUCAGGGUUUGGUCCAAUGACCAACAGCAGGAAGGUCCCGCGCCUUCUAGUUACCCCGUCCUCGCCAGCGCGCUCGCCGGUCGAGCGCGACUUCGGGACGAUGCACGAAGCUUGGGGAGCCGACAUCCAGGAGCAGCACGGCCCUAACGCGGACAGCUUCUACGACGACACCCUCGCGUCCCCACACGCCGACAGCUUCGUCACCGCGGGCAGCGACCGCAACCGGCAGUCUUCCCUCGCCAGCAUCCUCGGCAUCGACACCAACCACUCGCCCACGUCCGCCGUCACCAUCAGGUCCCUGCCCUUCCGGCAGCACGACUACGAGCACGAGCCGAGCCCGCUUGCGCUCAACCCCGCCGACACACUCGAAGAAGAGAAGGCCAGCCACGACACGGCGGCGAUCGACGAGGAGACGAUGCGGCGCAUCGAGCAUCGGUGGGACAAGGUCGGCGCGGAUCUGCCGUACGUGCUUACCGUGCCGCGGCCCCCGACGGCGCGCGCGCACCGCCGACGGUGGACUCCCGCGCAGGUGCUCUUCUUCCUCGGCUUCCUCUUGCCCGCGUUCUGGCUCAUAGGCGGUUGGCUCUUCACCAUGCGGGGCGAGAUACCCGCGUACCGCUGCGCGCCGAGGGAGGGCGCGAAGCGCGGUAGCGGCGGCUCGGUGUUCUCGUGCAUUCGCGAGAGAGGAAAGAAGCAGCAGCCGAAGGAGCUGGUUCUGCCGCGCUGGCGGGAGCGGGCUGAUUCGCCGGGGUUGAGCAUGCCUGCGGGGGAGAAAGAGACGCGGAAGACGGGGGCGCAGUUGGAUGUCAUCUGUCGCUAUCCGUACGUCGAACGCCGCGUCGUUGCGGAUAUUCUGACUCCAAGUGGAGCUGGCGUCGACGCCAUUACUGUCAGCGCGAGGCCCGAGUGGACUCGAAGGGUGAUUGAUCCAUGGAUCAUUCGCUGCCGGCUGGCAUUGUGGUAUUUCUCUGUGCUUGUGUUCUUCGGUUCGGCCCUGGCCAUUGUUGUUAUGAUCGUCACAACGCACUUCCUUUAGUGGGCGUGCUAAGCUUAUUUGCAGUCUAUCUACCUGGAGUAUGUAUUGUGUUAGUGUACGAUAAAUGUAAGAUGUAAAUGAAG